ACGAACGUGCGCAAAUGGACGAGUUCGACUAAAGUCACUAGAUAGAUAUCUAGUGACUUCAGAUUUCACUUGAAUAAAAUUUAAAACGCGGGCAACCGGACACCGGACAUAUACAUACCUCACAUUCCGCACGUAUCUGCUGUGAUGUGAAGCUGUGAUCUGCCUGGUAUCUGGUAUCUGCUGACCGCUACUGCGCACUGAGUUUAGUUGAAUUCUCUGGUAUUUAUGUGUGCAUACAUAUUCACACAUUUUUAUCAGAUUCCAAUUUCCAAUCGAAGACGGACGAGAGCAUUGAAGAGAACAAGAACGGGGAGAAAACAAAUGCACUACCAUUUGUCCUUUAUAAUUGUAAUUUAUCUUGUGAUUUGUCUGUGAUCCAUAUUCUGUGUUAAUAUUUCGAGGUCCGAUAGAUUGCAACAAUGGAUGACAGUUUGGUGAACCGUAUUCUGAAUAUGUACAAAUCACCUGAGUCCUUCAGCAUAGAUAUGCCAGCUCCUACUAUUCGGAAGGUGAAAAAAAACUCAUUUAUGUUUGAUGAAGAACUAGGUCCUCAUGCUGGCAAAAAAACCAGGGAAUCAGAAACGAACUACGUAAAGGAAUAUGUACAAAAAGAUGAGGAAGAAUACAUUAAGUUGAAAAGUAGUAUGCUUCUUAAAAAUAAUGAUCAUAUGGACAAUGUUUCGGAGGUGUCUGGAGACACAGCAAUUCUCAAGCAAAAUACUGUUCAGCUUUAUCGAUCGUACAACUUUGCCUAUCGGCCCAACACUAAUUUACCUAUUUUCUCUGUGAGACACAAGGUUGUAUCCAUGAUCGCCAGCAAUUCUGUUGUUAUCAUUCGCGGUUCUACAGGCUGUGGGAAAACAACACAAGUGCCACAACUUAUUCUUGACGCUGAGUUUGAAAAGAAGCAACACUGUAACAUCAUAGUAACGCAGCCGAGACGCAUUGCCGCUCUGAGCAUCGCGAAACGAGUCAGCGCGGAAAGAGAAUGGCCCGUUGGUACACUUGUGGGAUAUGAAAUGGGCUUGAUCAAGAAUGUAAGCCGCGACACUCGCAUAACGUAUUGCACGACUGGCGUGCUCUUAAACAGGCUCGCGAAUAAGAAGCACAUGAUGGACUACACUCAUGUCAUAUUGGACGAGGUGCACGAACGCGACGAAGACAUGGAUUUUCUUUUGCUCGUAGUGAGAAAGUUAUUACGUACAAAUUCUACGACGGUCAAAGUUAUACUGAUGUCCGCGACAAUCGACGUGGACAAAUUUUCUGCGUAUUUCUCAACGCCUGUAGGAAAUCGACUUGCAUCCGCGCCGAUCAUCGAUAUACCCAAGGGCAGCCCUUACGAUAUUUCUAUAUAUUACAUAGACGAGAUGGAGAAUUUGGGUAACAUCCCUCAAGUAGACGAGGAACCAAAAUUCACGACUGGGAUGGCGGAGUUUGCCGCACGUAUUAUACGUGUUUUCGAUAGUAUUGACAAAAAGAAUGAUAGUGAUGAAUACGAAAGGGCCACUGUGCUAGUGUUUUUACCGGGAUUUGGCGAAAUUGAAGAGUUACGUACUGCAUUUCUGUCAUCAAAACACGAAGAUGCAAAUUGGGAUAUAAUUAUUUUACAUUCGUUAAUCUCGACCGAAGAGCAGGAAAAUAUAUUUAAGAAGCCACCCAAAAAUUUCCGACGUAUCAUACUAUCGACGAACAUCGCUGAAAGCAGCAUUACUGUGCCCAAUGUUAAAUACGUGAUUGAUUUUUGCUUGACAAAACUUCUUGUCACUGAGCCUGGAACUAAUUAUCAAUGCUUGCAACUUUGUUGGGCAAGCAAAUCAAAUUGUCAACAACGUGCCGGUCGUACAGGCCGCGUGAUGGAUGGUAGGGUAUACAGAAUGGUGCCAAGAGCAUUUUACGAGAAUGUCCUACAGGAAGAAUCUCUUCCGGAGAUGCUCAGGGCUCCGCUCGCAAAUGUAAUUCUUAAGACGAAAGUGCUGGAAAUGGGCGAGCCGAAAGCUCUCCUUGCUCUUUCUCUGGAUCCACCUAAUCUCAGCAAUAUACAGGAGACCAUAUUACUAUUGAAGGAAGUUGGCGCAUUACUUAAUAAGGGCACGCAAGAAUUUGAUGGGGACUUGACGCCCUUGGGUCGUGUAAUGGCCAGUCUCCCGUUAGACGUACGCGUGACGAAGUUGAUUGUCCUGGGCCAUCUUUUCGGUGUUCUGUCAGACACGAUUAUUCUCGCGGCUAGCAUGGCUGUUAAGGAUAUGUUCAAUAUCGGAUUUUUUGAAUUGGAGUCGACCUAUCACGAGAAACUGCAUUGGGCCGCUAAUUCCGAAAGCGAUAGCAUAGCAUACUUGAACGCCUUUAAAGUGUGGCGAAACGAUAAGGCAAGUCGCCGUAUAAACAGUCCUAACGAGGAAAGAGAAUGGGCGCGACGGAAGAGCCUUCGCGUGAGAUCGCUACGCGAGAUCGACGCCUUUAUAUACGAAAUAACACAAAAGCUGCGCAAUUUCGGCAUAACAGAAACGAUGGGUUCCGAGAAAAAUACUUGGGAGAGCCUCUGUAUCGAUCGUACUUUUGUACUUAAAUUUAUAAUCGCCGGUGCAUUUUAUCCUAAUUAUUUUAUCAAAUUCCCACAUAACAUAAAUGAUCGCAAGCGGGAUAUAGAGAGGACAUUGGGUUACCGCGAUCCGACGAAUACGGUUGUCUUACACGGCUGGCCGUUGGAACACCCCGGAUCACUGUACUCUAAGAGAUUUCAGGAGAUCUUUGGACAGCAUAUGGGGCUCAAAAAUCAGGAGAACAUAACUGUGUCCUUUGACGGGUCGAACCGCGUUUAUAUCGAAUAUGAGCCGAAGAAUCGCGCACCGGACGAUUACACUUUCGUUCGAGAUUGUGUCAAGAUGAGGCAUUGUCGGAACCAGAUCGAAGUAAAGUUAUUAAGCGAGACGGAUGCUCGUCACCGAGCCGAGGAACUUGGGCUCACGAAGGAAUACGGAACAUUUCUGUCUCAACCUUCCAAUCCGGAGGAACCGCCGUGCAGACGAUACAUGUACGACAAAAAGCCAUAUCCAGAUUUACCGGAAGAUUCCGAAUAUCGAUCUAAGGUAAAAUUGCAAGGUCCCUUCUCGCCGGUAGAAGUUCGCCUGACCCAUAUGGUGACAAAAGGAAUGGCAAAAGUGAUAUCUCUGGAAUCCACAUCGGUAAACUCCGUUCUACUCGACACCUGCCCGGAUAGUCCGAAAGGACUUUUCCUGGUGGCGCAAAAUAUCUCACGAGACUCCAAGAACAUGUCGCACCUGAUUCUACGAAACACAACCCUCUUGCCCACUACGCCUGGUCUCGCGUCGCUCGUCACUUUAAUUUUUACACCGUACAUGGAACUGCGACGUAGUCCGAUGGGCACUUAUUACACAGGCGCUCUGUGUGGAUUGGGCUACAAUCGCAUUACGGAACAGAGCUUGUUUCCGGACCACGAUCUGGAAAUUAUAUUUGACGUCGAGAUCACGAUGAACGAUUUGCGAAUGAUUAACAAGCUUCGCCAUUGGAUGAAUGUUGCGAUGCACUUCAAUAAUAGAUCUGAAAUUUUAGACGACGAGGCUCAUCAUGAUAUGACUAUAAAUUGUCAGAAUCAAAUUAAAAAUGCGUUCAAAGAUGUGAUAUACAAGACUCGUAAGAAGAUAGAACCAGUUCCAGUCAGUAAUUUUAACAAGUGGAACCGAUACGACGAGACUCUAUUUCUCGUGCCUGCUCGGGAAACUUCGAGGAAAAGUAACGUAUACGGUUUACACAAAGCGUUGGAAUUGAAUGAGAAGAACGAUAGACUCGAAGAAAUAAUCAAGCAUUUGUUGGAAUUAGAGGCUUUAGCUCAUCAAGACCCGCGUGAGGCGACCAUUGCACCUGUUUACUGCAAACUGUGUCUAACGGAGGUAAAUGGUAUCAUCAAUCUUCGUGCACAUUUGUGCUCGGAACAACAUACAGCGAGACAACGAAUGAUAGAUACGACUGCUGAAUUUGGAGAGAAUUUGCAUAAACUUAUGGAAACACUCAGGCUAUAA